GUGAAGGAAAUAUCAAAGCAUUCGGCAAAGGGACAGCACCGAAUACGUACAGGCCUAACAGACAAUCCCAGAACGAACGAGAAAAGUUUUGGAGUUUGGGUUCAUAUUAGUGGUGAUUUUACCCGUUUUCGCCAAUAUUCUGAUCUCCAAUCUCCACUGGGUUUGUAGGUUCUGGUCGUCUGCUGUUCCCCUUGUGUCAAGUCACCAAAACUAUCCCAUUUUCCCACCCCUUUUUCACCUUGGAAGUUAAAAAAGAACAGAAAUAAAUAACCCAUUCCAAAGUAAAGUUCAACUUCUUCGCCUGUCUGCAAACGAGCUCGAAGUCGAAGGAACUUCUUGGUGGAACGUCUUCUAUCAAUCAUGGAUAAUUUGUUGUGCUUUGAGCAAGAGUAUUUCGACCAUGCCAAAUCGCCAAUGUCAUACGUGGACCAAGUUUUAUUGCGAGAUAAAAAUCUGGACAAUUUACUAGCAGUGGAAGAGCAAUAUGUAUUGUCGGCGGACUAUUUUGGCAACCACUUCCAGCGAGAAUUGAGACCUUCCAUGAGAAAGCUAGUCGUGGAUUGGAUGUUCGAAGUUUGCGAGGAGCAACAACGAGAAGAAGAUGUGUUCCCACUUUCAGUCAAUUACCUGGACAGAUUCCUAUCCAUAGAGAGAAUAUCUAGAGACAAAUUCCAGCUCUUGGGCGCCACUUGUAUGUUUCUGGCCUCCAAACUUCUAGAAACGAUCCCCCUCACGUCGGAAAAACUAAUCAUCUAUACAGACAAUAGUAUCACAUUGGAGCAACUACUCAAAUUUGAACAGCUAGUACUAACCAAGUUAAAAUGGGACCUUAUGGCAAUCACCCCCAACGCAUUUCUUGAGCACAUUUUCCACCGGCUUCCCGUCGAUAAGGAGCAGGCAGCGUUGCUAAGGAAACACGCCCAAACCUUCAUCGUGCUGUGCGCGACAGAUUAUAAUUUUGCAAUGCAACCCCCAUCGUUAAUUGCCGCCAGCGGUGUAGCUGCAGCAGCAAACGGACUUAGAAUGCACAUCCCUAAAGUAAUAGAUCUACUACAUAGGAUAACAAAAAUCGAAACCGACUACCUCAUUCUUGUUAGAGAUCGAAUGGAAAACUUGUUGAGCAAGAACCUUGUACCUGGCUCUCCAACCAAGACCGCAGGACACACCACGGUCCAGAAGACACGAUCCAUGGACGAGAGUGACAAACCAUGCACACCAACCGGCGUGGACGAAGUAGAAAUUAUCACCAUGCCAAGCGGUCUCUGCUGACAGAGGAAUUCCAAGGUGCGUCGACAAGACACAGAUCGCUGAAUAUGAACGAUAUAUCAUAUCGUAACAUCCUCGAUGAAACGUUGGUGUGGAUGUUGCGUCGGAGGCGACCGUUCCUUCCAAUUACGGAGAGUGGAAAAUGCACAACACUCGGACAGAACAAAAAGUGCAAAGCUACGGUUGAUGUGAUGCUGGAUGUCGACUCCACUAAGGACAGGAGUCGCAGAAUCGAUCAGUCGUAACAAAAAAAAAGAUUAAAAAUGGAAACGGGUACCAGGAAAUGUUGUAGAGGGUGCAGUGUCUUAUCUCUGUGUCUCUGAAGAUGAGACUGGCCAUCGUAGUUCUUCGUAACUGUUGAAGACGACCGGGAUCCACUAAUGCCGACUCUAGUUUGCGUCUCAUUUGCAAGGCUUAGUUAAACUGCCAAAGCAGAGCAGCGUCCAAUGAUUGCUCCGUCGGGUCAUUACUGGAAAUACUACCAAAGGAAACAGGGAUCGCAUCUUCAUUUAGGGAAGUACUGCUGAACUUAAACGGGACUGCAUGUUUUCCCUGAUUUCUUUGUAAAUCUGUAGGAGAUAAGACACAGUUAGCCUCUCGUAGGAAGAGGGUAGUUAUAAAACAAAGGCAGCUGAGAAAUACAAUAUAUUCUGUAACUACUCUCAGACAAUUUCGACAUUUGAAGAAAAGAAAAAAUACACAUUUUUUGUAUUAACAGUAUCUGCAAUAAACAUUCGUGCCUUCAAGAGACUCCAUCAAACGGGCCAAAAUAUUAUGUAUUGGAUUAUUAUUAUCCAUGAAAGAAGGUGAAUAUUUCAUUUUUGAAAUUUGGCUGUCACCAUUUGUGCCUUAUUUUGUAAUUGAAGUAGAAUUAGAUGGUAUGUAGUCUUUAAGUACAUCGAACAGGUGAUGUUGUUGCGCGAUGGAUUGGAUCGUAAUUGUUUACUCAGUUGAAUUUUCGAUAUAACAAUAAUCUGUGGAUAUUUCGUGACUCGGUAGAUAAACAGGCUCAUGGAUGCGAGUACUGUCGGACAUGUUGGGUAUUGAAUUUUAAAAUUUGUCACUCAUCAGUGUUCAGUUGCAAAUUGGCAACACGACUGUUCUGAUAGCCCUCAUAUUGGCUCUAAAAGAUCUUGGUAGUAUUGAAGCGAAUGAUAAAAAGCAAUAUGUGACUGGUUCAUGUUAAAUGUCUUGAUGAUGUUUGGCGAACGUGAUCAUAAUCAUCAUAUGCCACAAAUAUAUUAUUUUUUGCAAGGCAACGAUAGGUUAUUUAAAUUGUUUUUCUUGAUGAAAAAAAGAAGCUGAAUUCUUUUAUUAUUGUGUUUAUUCUCUUUAAAUUAUAACCUGUUUUUUAUUGAGUUUAUUCAAUUUUCCUCUUUUAUUUGUGUGCGAGUGACCGUGUGUGUAUGAAUGAUUGUGAUGUUGGGCCGCUUUUUAAUACUUUUUUAAUAUAACAAUUUACUGGAAGCGUGUAUUUGAAAGUUGUGAAGCUCUUUGGGGAGUGUUAGUGUAUUUUCCCCAAAUUUGUUUCUAAAAGAAUACAUUUCACCAUUAUUUGUGCUUUUUGGAUGAAGAUUACUGAAUAAGUUGUUAAAAUAUGUAGUUUUGUGCCAUAAUUCUAAAGAGACAAAGAAUAUUCCUGACACGUUCAUGAAGUGCCUUGACUUAUUUUCUAACCAAAGGAACCAUAAAAUGAAAUUGUAAAAUGUUGUGAUUUCCAGCGUACUCUUAUUUUUUUAAUUCAAUCAUUCCGUGAUGAUGUGAGGAUUCCAUUUAAAGUAGUUCUUUUCCAUUUUAUCAUUCCUGACGAUCAUUCCACAGAAAAAACAAAAAAUCAGAGGAUUUUGUUGGAUUUCAUCGUGUACAGGCAUAAGAUGUCAUAGAAUGUAACCAUGUGAUUGGAAAGUACCAAUUUGUAUUUUGUAGGACCGUUUGUUUUUUUCCUACAGUAUUUCAAAUAAUGUUCUCAAAUGUUCUUGUUCUUCGCUUCCGAUUAGGUAUAGAAUUGACAAUUUGUAUUUGCAAUUAUGUUAUGAAAAUGUUGAUUAAUGUUAAGAGCUUGCCCGCAUAGUUUGCUUCAAAACUUGUAUGUUCAUGAUAAAUCGAUUUGAGAGUUUGAUAAAUGUUGUUGAGGGUGAUUGUAGCAAAAACCUGCUCGAGUGUCCAAAUUAUGUUCAACUAGAGAUAUUAAUUGAAUCUCCUGUCAUUUUUACCGACACAUGUGCCAGAAACAACUAAUUAUUGGAAACUCACUCCUUAAUCAUACAGUACUUCCAGUGUUCAGAACUAAAAUGUACAAUCACAAAUUUCCUUCCAUUUUUUAAAACUGGACCAUUUAUAUAUAAAAAGGAAAAAAAAAUAUUAGUACUAGUUGAAGAAAAAAAGUUAUGUGGUGUUUUUUGCAAGAAUAUUAUCCAUUUUGGUGUGUUUAAACCUUGUAGGUUUUUUUUUACAUUUAUGUAACUCAAUUCAAAUUUUUAAUUGAUUUGUAUAACAUAAGGUUGUUCUUCCAUUUUUACAGAUUUUUUUACCUAGAAAAAAGAAAAAAAUUGUAGUUAGUGAUUGAAUUUGAGAAUAGGUGGGAAUUCAUGGAAAGAGUUGGAUUGCAUUUGAGUGUAAGGUUUAUAAGACAGAGUGUAAGUGAGUGAGAGUUUGAAAAUAUAGUAAACGAGUUUGCCGUGUCCUUUAUCAUUAAAAAAUAUAUCAUUUUUUCCUUUAAAAAAAGUGUUAAAUUUACGCCUUUAAUGAUGUGAGUUUGGUUUUGUAAUCCGUUUGUUUGUGAUUGUUCCUCUUCAUGUUUCUCAGUGUCUUAUGUGUGUCAAAUUUUUCUUAUAUUGUACCCUCCCCCUAUUUUUUUAAACUUUCCAACUUAUUCUGAACUUUGGAAAUUUUGUGAGGGGUUGUUGAACGAAACAGUAAAUAUUGAAGAAACAGAUUAUAUCAAGGAGGGAGUUGAGUACUUAAACAUGAUAUAUUAUUAUAUUGUGCACUAUAAAUGCAAAUCUCGUUAUUAUUAGUAUAAUGUUGUUGAAUUUAACCCAUGUUUAAAUGUCGUUUGUUAAAACAAAGUGACCACCUGUCCAGUAUAAUGUAAUAAUUAAAUCGUUAAAAAACAAUGAACUAGUGUUUAAUUGAGAAUGUUUAAUUACUAAUGUUUAAACUUUUAUCAAUGUGUUAAAAUUUGUUGAACAAUUUUUCUGAAUUUGGAGCUCCCUGUUUAUGGAGUAAAUUAUCAAGAAUAUUAUAAAAAAUGUACGCAGAAUUCCCUGCAAUGUUAACAUCAGUUGAUAGAGCUUUAACAUUAUUAUUACCUUGAAUAUUUUGUACGCAGAUGAGAAAAGAUAACUGUAAUCACAAAAUUUUCCAUAAUCACUUAUUUAAAACUUUCUCAAGCUUCUACUCUCCUUUCCUUUCAAACUUUGUGCAUAUACUUGCGUCUUCUUCUUCUUCUUCUUUUCUGUCUUCUUCCAUUGAUUAUUGAUAAAUCAAUGCUUCUUUUGUUUAGCCCAUGUGUUUUAACAUUUCUCUUACCCAUGCUAAGUGCGUAAAUUUGAAGUGCAUUCUACUACAUAUGGGUGAUAUUGAAAAAAAAUUAUACCUUUUUAGCAUCUAAAAAGUAUUGCAAUCCAAAACAUGGUUUAAUCUCACAGGGGCACUGAGGUGAAAAUUGUUACAUAUUUUAAAGGUGUAUACGUCAGUGCCCCUGUGACGUUUUGAGAUUUUAGGUGUGUUUUGGAUUCAAAGUUGCUAAUGUGUGAAGAGUUGAUAUAUUAAUAGGUGGUAUUAUUAUUUUGUGAGACCUUCAGAGUGAGAAAAAUAAAAUAAAACAAAAAGUAAACCUGAAA